UCUACUGGCAUUUACCCAUGCAUAGGCUAAUGUGCACAUGGAGAGAAAGUCUAUAGGGCUGAAGGACCAAGGCGUGUGUUUAGAAGUAACCGUUAGGACGCCUCUUAGUACCAAGGAAACAAGUGUUUAGUGAGAGAAUCACUUAAUAAUUAUUAAAAGACAUUGGAAGACGUCAGAAAAUCAAACUGCAGCGCAACUACAGAGAAGAGUUAGUACGACCUUCGUAGAUUUAAACAUCACUAAAAAUUCCAUUGUGUUUAAGAUUUGAUUACCAUUUAUGUGAGAAUUCAUGGAUUGUAAUUGAGCCGUGCCAUCUGCGCGCAGGAUUGUUCUACAGGAAUUUAAUGAGAGAAUAACUAAGCGAUUACGGCCAACAUAACUCAGGAGGAUGAAGAGGUGAAGAGAAGCACUUGGAUCGUGGAUUGACGCAUCAUAUCAAGACUGAUGCUCGCCACAUCACAAGGAUAUGAGUUGCGGUUAAUAUUUAAUGAAAGGAGCCAUUAGAGGGUUUUCGAGAUGGUAAAAGAGAAAAAAGAUGCUAAAAGAUCUCCCAGCAAAACACUAAAAAAAGCGAAGGUCCCCCCGGCCGGACGCAAGCGAAUUCUUCUAAAAGUCGGUGGAAGGGUGUUUGAAACGUGGGAAGAAAAUCUAAGAAAACAUCCAUCCACACUACUGGGCAGCAAGGAAAAAGAACUGUAUUACAACCCAGAGACGAAAAUGUAUACAUUUGAGCGUGAUCCCCUCAUGUUUCGCCAUAUCCUCAACUAUUACAGGGCGGGGCGCCUUCACUACUCGUGUGACUACUGCGCAGAUGAGUUCCGCGAGGAGUUAUCCUUCUUCGGGAUCUCUAUAAACGCCGUGGACAACUGUUGCUGGGACGAUUACCGACAAACGCGAAAAAUCAACAUCGACAAAGUCUUCAAACUGGAGGAUCCCUUAGAGAACGCAGAAAAUGGUAUUCCUGUAAAGAUCACCUUGAAGGAAAGAGUCUGGCUCAUAUUUGACAAUCCAGAAAAAUCGUUUUUCGGCCUGUUGUGGUACUAUGUAUCAGGGUUAAUGAUCGCGCUGAGUAUAGCGUGUACAGUCGCGGAGACUAUUCCGCCUCCUUGUGACGAGAGCGUUAUUUGUGGGGCACAAUACACCUUGGUGUGCAAAGGCAUGUUGCAAAACAGGACUCUUAUAGAGGAACCUAGACGAACGCCUGCCUCUAACCCCGCUUGCCAGGAGCUCAGUGAUUACAUCAAGUCUAAGACUCAGGCUUUUUUUGUACUCGAAAGUAUCUGCGUUGGGGUUUUCACGUUUGAGUAUCUAUCGCGUUUACUGACCGCGCCCAAGAGGUGGGACUUCGUGAAGGGUUACAUGAGCAUCAUUGAUGUGGUGUCGAUACUACCUUAUUACGCGGGCAUUAUCAUGGAGAAUGUGUUUCAGACUUCUGUCGAUAGCUUGGGUUCACUGGUGCUCCUGCGCGUGCUCCGAGUAUUUCGAGUACUUAAAUUCACUAGGCAUAGCAGUCGGCUCAGAAGCCUGCUGUUUGCCAUCCAGCGAUCUGCGUCUGAGCUUGGUUUCAUCGUGUUCAGUCUGUCGUUAGGAGUUGUUCUCAUCUCAAGCAUGUUAUACUAUGUCGAGAAGGACGGAACUGGUGGCGAUAUGUUUAACAGCAUUCCCGCGACAAUGUGGUACUCGGUCGUUACCAUGACAACGACAGGGUACGGAGACCUCGUACCCCACACGGCUCUCGGUAAGAUCAUCGGCAGUGUCGGGUGCAUAAUCGGCGUUCUUAUGAUCGCUCUUCCAGUCCCCAUCAUACAGAAGAAGGCGAAUCUUCAAAUGGGACUGUUGGACGAGGUUGAUCAAGCAUUCCAGAAGGAGUAGACUCAUCACGUGGGAAGCAAGCCUAUGGGUGACAGGACUCAGUUGGUUUUGUAUCAAACGACUGGAGAGACUGCUCCUCUGAGGACUUCCCGGUUAACGUUGGUGAAAAUUGCCCGGUAACCGCUGGUAAAAAAUUGCCGGGUAAACGUCGGUGAAAAUACCAAGUAAUCGCUGAUGAAAUCUGUUCAAUAAACGCUGGUAAAAAAUGCCUGGUAAAUGCUGGUGGAAAUUGCCUUGAAGCACCGCUUUCUUAUAUUGGAUGUCACAUAAUGUAAUGGAAAUAGUAGCAAUCCUCUUCGAACCUGCGCACGGUUCUUCUUCUAUCUCAUUCGAAAAAAGCACGAAUGUGACGUGACAAAAUAAUCUUACAUCAAUUUUCUCCAUUUUGUUCAAAUAUUGGUCAGUGCUGUCGUCUUUUGGUUCUGGGUUGGUAUUCCUUUGGUCGCCACUAGAAGAGUCUUGGUCUCCCUGUAGUCGAUCUUGGUAUUCUUAUAUUCUCCAAUUAAAGCGUCUUGGUCUUACUGUGGUCGAUUUUGGUAUUCCGAUGGUCUAGACUGGUCUAGGCACUUUUGGGUUCUUUGAAAGUGUACAAGUUUAACCCAAAUUCUUAUGUGAAACCUUCCUUAGCACAACGGAACCUUAAGUAUUGUCGUUUUCUGUGCGAACCCUAGGAUGUGAUUGCCUGCGUAGCAAGUAGAAGAACCUGGAAAAAAUGGUCGCGCGGGCUGAAAGAGCUCUUUAUUGAUUCUCUCCCUUGACCACGCGCGGCCAUCUCGUUCUACUUUUACCAUUUGCGCAUGUUACGCAGGAUAAGGCUGUGUCUGUAAUAGCAUUUUAGUCGAUUAGGUCUUAUUUACCCUAGAGAUCCUAGAGCGUUGAUCAGACUGUGAUGACAGCUGAUAAGAUUUGUAAGAACCUAUUCUACACUGCACCCAUUGUCGCAUGGUACCAAGGGGCAAAAUUUGGCGAUACGACAAUGGAAGCAGUACAUGAAAAAGAAAAAAAGUUGUAGGAAUUGGUGGAUGGGCAGCAGGAAAACGACGCCCUGGCUCUAAUCGUGCCUCGCCCAGCGGGUCUAGUAUCAACCAACCAUUAACCUAUUACCCUACUGCAGUUGAGCAAUAUGAUAAUAUAUUCAUAAUUACUGAUCUUAUAUACUCUGCUGUGUGAAUAAGAGUAUGGUUAUAUUUUCUUUGGCUUGACAUUUUCUAAAUUAUUUGCUGCGAACAAAAAUAUCCAGCUCUCAUCACCGUUUGAGCAAAUUUAGGUAUAACAGACCCCGAAAAUAACGCAAUUAAACGUUUAUUAAUAAAGUUUUAUUAGAAAGUUG